GCUUGGCGCUGAGUGCUGAUGAUAGUCAUGGUUGGGAAGCAACCCUAGAACUACCUAGAGGCUUACAGGAACUUAUCCGUCAUGUCCACAACACCAAGUGGCUACUGAUUAGGAGGCGGCAAGAACUAACCCGGUCAUACAAGGAGGUGUGUGCCCCAGUGAUGGAAAGGUGCAGGUUUGUUUUUUAUGAAGUGCGCCCUGCUAGCUGUGGAGACGUAGAGGCUUUGGAUAAGUUUGCCGUACGCGGUGUGUCAAGAUGGAGGAAAGCCACUCAGUUACUCCGUCUCCGCUCAAAUGAUACUACGGCUACGAGCCAGGAAAAGGAUGAACCCCAGGACACUAAAGAAGUGAGUGGCUCUGUUGAGGAUGUCAGCCUUAGCAGUGGCAGUAAUGGCGAGGACAGAAUUAAUAGUCACGAUAGUUGUGAUGACAUCAGAAGUGGACGCUUGGACAAACAGGAGGACCUGUGCAAGGAUCUGACCGAGCCCACUGACUUAAGUCGCCUGAGUGAGGUUACCUUGGAUGACAACAUUAAAGUUGAAGGGGAUGUAGAUGCAGUGGAGAAGGAACUGAAGAUAACUGCAGAAGCAAAGAAACAGCAAGGAGAAGGGAAGAAGGCAUCUGUGAGUUUAAAUCUGAAAAAGUCUCCCUCACCUUCAGGAGCUGUACACACUCCCUCCAGACCCUCUUCACUUUUAACACCAACAGCUCCUCCGCCAACAGCAAAAAUUGUAGAAAUAGCAACAAAAGUUAUUGAAUUUGUUUGUUCAGAAGAAACCAUAAAUAUUGAAGCAAUGCGAAAAGCCUUCUUCACACAGAUGGACAGAGCUGAGAUGAGACUGCGUGGUAUUGAGAUGUUUCUCAGCUUAGUUCAAAAGAGCAACUUCUUGCCCUCUGUUAGGCUUACACUCAUCAAUGGAUGGCUUGGCCUCUUACCAUUUGCUCCCAAAAAUACCCUGGUUCUACCUGAUUGCCUGGAGAACAUUCCUUUAGUUCCUGUUUACCAGCGGGCUGUUCUAAAGGCAUCGUGGGCCAAAGUCUGGGAAUGGGCUGUUGGUGAGCUACGGGCCCAUGUGCUGAAGGCUGAGCAGUUCUGUGUUGCUGCCCAUUCAUCUGGGAGGUUGCUGAAAGGCCGAGACAAUCCUACAUAUAAAGACUCUAAUAUCAGUUGUCGUGAUCAUAACAUCUUAGCUUCCAUGCCACUUUCCAGAUUCAUUUUAGGUUUGGUGUGUUUAUCAACAAGAGCUCAUUGUGGUGCUGACCUAAGUCUCCUUAUAUCAGGUGGUCUACUGGCUCUAAUGCAGACACUUCUAAGGCUUAUUGGCCCAUCGGUUUCAGCCACAAGUAGAAGUGAUGAUAAGGAAGAUAUUGUUGCAAUAUUUGAAGAGGCGGCCAAGAAGCCACGUGUACCACCCCCUCCACUCUCAGGUCCUGAACUGGCUGCAAUGAUGAAGCCUUGUGGUCCAUGCGGAAUCUUCUGCAAACACUUCAGUCACGACAUAUCUCCGCACCUUCUGUGACAGAAUCAAGCUACACACGAAAGCAUCCCAUUCUGGUUCUUCAAGACUCUUGCUUGCAGCUUUUAAGAGCACUUACUAUUUCGACGGGCUUAACUGCUCAUGACAUGUCCCCAGCAAGUGUUCGUACGGUUGCUGCUCUGCUGUAUAGUAUUGUUCAGGCUGGUACAACUCAGUCAGAAGACCGUGAUCAUCUCUUGGAGGAGCAACAUAGAUCUUGGUGUACCCUGGGGCUGGUCCGUUCAAUAAGCUGUUCUCCCUUAUUGUGUAGGAACCUGGCCACCCCUGCUUGGGUCAACUUACUCCUCAACCUAGCACAAACCUUCUUGGGACCAUUCUCUCUCUACCGUCGAAUACUGGCCUUACGACUCUUGACAUCUGUGUUACCUCAUCGUAUUGACGACCUUGAGGAAAGACAGAUUUUGCUGGAUCGUAUAUUCUUAUUACUGGGCAACACCAUCCUUACUUGUGCAAAUGAUCCCGCUAUCAGUGCAACAAGCAAGAAGAGCCAUGGAACAUGUGUAGCUGUAACAUCAACUCACUCAAGUACUGUUGCAGAAGCAGUAGUCUCCUUAGUACGAACUCUUCAUACUCUUCCAGUCUGGAACAGUGUCAUUAAUGAUGCAAUAAUUGAACGACUCGGCUUAGUAGCUCAGCUGUUGUCCGAUCUCUCUCAGUUCCAGUUCAAAUUUGAUGAUUACCGCCCAGGUAGCUUAGCUGGCCAAGCAACAGGCAUAGCAGCAUCUUUGGCUAUUAUUGGCGGUGUUGAUGCUCGACCCAGACUUGGUGGAGAUGUUGUAUUAGAGAGGUCGUUGGGCACAAUUGCUCGCAUUGGUCAGCAUAAAGUUUACGUUCAACCCCAUGAAGGUGGCAGUCUUCUUAGACUAAGUCUGUCUUCUGUUGUGUCAUCACCCACCAAGCAGUUUGCUAUUGAUCGGCUAAGUGUGACAUCAGCCUGUGUGCAAGUGUGGGUGUCCUUGGUGGCUCUGGCUGGGGAUUACUCCAGAAGUUUUCAUGUUUCCAGCCCAUUGUCACUUUCUCCUACAUUACUAAGGAUACAACAGCUGCGCAUGUUGGUGAUGAAUGCUUGCCGAGCUUUGUUGAAUCAACAGUCACUGCUGAGGCUGGUUCUUUUACAGCCCACAGCUGACAUCAACAAUUCAACUAACAACUUAGAUUCAGUGGCAGAUGACACCAGCCAAGGUGUAGAGAUUCUCCUAAUUCAGAGACUGAUCACAGCAUCAACCCCUCCAUCACCUGUGAAGGCAUCAUACACAAGGAGCAGCAUGGAAACUGCAGCAUUGGCUCUUUGUGAGAGCCUAACAGAAGAGAUUGCUCAGCCUACAGCAGCUACACCCUGCUCCAAUGAUGAUAUUUCCACACCUCUUAGUGAACAUUCUCUGGGAGUGCCACCUUCACCAGGAAUUGGAAAUGACAGCCCACUAACACAGACUCGCCCCGCCCGUCCAGUACAGACAACUCGAGGGAAGAGAACACGCACUGCUUCUCCAUCUCCCUUGGUUCGGCAGUUAAUGGAAAUGGGCUUUUCUCGGAAGAGUGUAGAACAUGCCAUUAAAGCUCUAGGCGGGCUUGGAACUGAAGUGACUCCAAGUCCUGAGUCAUUGGUAGUGUGGCUAAUUGAACAUGCUGACAUAACAUUAUCUGACUCUGACACUGCCCCAGAAGUUCUCGAUUCAGACGCAGAUUCAUUAACUGACGAAUUCAAUGAUGAUCCACCUAUAUUAGAGUCAUCUCCAGUUGUUGAAGUGUAUCGCAAACGGAUGGAGUUUACGAGCAAUGAUGAAUAUGCCAUGUAUGUGCGAGAUCACAUAUCUCCUGGUAUGACAGUGCGUUGCUGUCGCACAUAUGAAGAAGUGUAUGAAGGAGAUAUCGGCCGGGUUGUACGUGUGGAUAGAGGUUCUCUGCAUAACCUCAAUGUCCAGGUUGACUGGCAUCGGAAAGGAGGAACAUACUGGGUUCGAUACAUCCACAUUGAACUCUUGGACCAGUCACCGCCACCAUUAGCUUCAAAUGGUCCUAUUAGAGUUGGAGACAAAGUAAGAGUGAAAAGUUCAGUAGUUACCCCGAAGUACAAGUGGGGCUCAGUUAACCAUCGCAAUAUUGGAGUAGUUACAAGUGUGAGCAGCAAUGGCCAGGACCUGAUGGUAGAUUUCCCACAGCAACCUAACUGGCAAGGUUUAGUUAGUGAGAUGGAAGUUGUGCCUUCCUGUCACCUGAGUGUUACCUGUGAUGGUUGUGGUGUCUCUCCUAUAACAGGUGCAAGAUUGAAGUGCAAGGUAUGUGACAAUUUUGACUAUUGUGAAGAAUGUUAUCAAACUAAGAGAAGUCACCGUCAUCUCUUCAAUAGAAUUGCUGAACCAGGUAGUCCAGCAGUUUAUGCUGGGCCCCCUGGUAGAGGCCGUUUCCGUAAGAAGGAGGGCAUCUUGGGAGGAGUUGAUGGCACAGUAGAAGAUUGGUAUCGUUGUGUUCGUAAUCUUAGUGUGUCAUCCCGAGAAAACUGGGCCCACAGGCUUAUUGACGGCACUGGAAGCUAUUGGCAGAGUUGUGGGCAGGAAGGCAAGCACUGGAUACGUUUAGAGAUGCAGCCCAACAUAGCAGUUGAAUGGCUUCGAUUGCUUGUAGAUCCUGCAGACAGUUCUUACAUGCCCACACUCUUAGUGAUCAGUGGAGGAGAGACACUGGCCAAGAUGCGUGAGCUCAACACUGUUCGGAUCACUCCCUCAGACACUUGGGUUACUCUGCUUCGAAGUGUGAAGGAGUAUGUCAAAUAUAUAGAAAUCAGCAUCAAGCAGUGUAAAAGUGGUGGUAUAGACUGCCGUGUUCAUGGUCUAGCAAUGAUGGGGAAAAUAGUGGAUGAUUUUGGUGACCCUGCUUCCUCGGUCUCAUUCCUUGCCUCUGACAAUGAAGAUGUGGAGGAGGAUAUUACUGAUAUGUCUCGAAAGAGUCUCACCUCAGUUAUGAGCUUUGAUGGGGAACCAAAGGUUCUGGUUUGGGGUCUCAAUGACAAGGAUCAGUUAGGAGGACUGAAGGGAUCAAAAGUCAAAAUGCCAGUACUCUCUGAAACCCUAAGCAGUCUUCGCCCAGUCAGUGUUGCAGGUGGAUCCAAGUCCCUUUUUAUUGUUUCACAGGAGGGCAAGGUUUAUGCAUGUGGAGAGGGUACAGGUGGAAGAUUGGGACUUGGACACUGCAGCAAUAUUCCAGUUCCACGACAAAUAACAGCACUCAGUCAAUAUGUGGUGAAGAAAGUUGCUGUCCACUCUGGUGGCCGACAUGCUAUAGCACUUACUGUAGAUGGCAAGGUCUUCUCGUGGGGCGAAGGAGAAGAUGGGAAACUAGGUCAUGGAAAUCGCUUAAGUUAUGAUAAACCCAAGCUUAUUGAAGUGCUGAAGUCGAAGCGUAUCAGAGACAUUGCUUGUGGAAGUUCCCACAGUGCAGCAAUUACUUCAAGUGGGGAGCUGUACUGCUGGGGCCUUGGAGAGUAUGGACGCUUAGGUCUUGGCGAUACAACAACGCAGCUUAAGCCCAAACUUGUGAAAGCUCUCCUGGGUCAAAGAGUUGUUCAGGUUGCAUGCGGCAGUCGAGAUGCUCAGACACUUGCCCUGACCUCCGAAGGAAUGGUGUACUCCUGGGGGGAUGGUGACUUUGGAAAAUUAGGACGUGGAGGAUCAGAAGGCUGUGCAUUACCUCAAAAUAUUGAGAGGCUUAAUGGUCUCGGUGUAUGCCAGAUUGAGUGUGGAGCUCAGUUUUCUCUGACCCUUACAAAAAGUGGACAGGUAUGGACUUGGGGCAAGGGAGACUAUUUCAGAUUGGGUCAUGGCACAGACCAACAUGUUCGGCGACCAACAAUGGUAGAAGGAUUGCGAGGCAAGAAAGUUAUUCAUGUAGCAGUAGGGGCUUUACAUUGCCUGGCAGUGACUGAGGCAGGACAAGUAUAUGCAUGGGGUGAUAAUGAUCAUGGUCAACAAGGCAAUGGCACCACAAUUGUCAAUCGCCGUCCUGCUCUGGUGUGUGGUUUGGAAGGAGUAAAAGUGGCACGUGUUGCAUGUGGAUCUUCUCACAGUGUUGCCUGGACAGCUCCCGAUCCACCCCUUCCAGCUGCCACAGAACCAGUUAUGUUUACUACCACAAAGGACCCUCUUGGGGCUCAUGCACUUGGAGUGACAGACCCUCUUGGAGGAGAGGCAAGUGCAAGCUGUGGCUCGUCUAAUGCUGCAGGUGGGGUACCAGUCAACCCCUCUCUGUCACGUGUGGUGCUAACACUGGAGUCGUCAGCCUCCAGGCAAGCAGCACUACAGCACAUUCUCAAUGCCCUUCAAGUAAUGUUUGCAAGGGACUGUGUCAUUGCUGCCCUAGACUCAACAGUCUCGGCACUAACUCACACGAAGGAUGACUUUAAUGAGCUGUGGCACUAGUCCAGACAGUGAAGAAAGUGUACUUCUUCAGUUGGCUUCAGUUCCCUCGACUGGGUCUCUCUCCUCUCGUGCAUCCAGGCUCUCACAUUCUGCCAUGAGCAUUCUGGCAGCUACACUCACCACUAAAGCUGAUGUUGUGUCAGAAGAAGCAGAUGCCCCGGAAGAUGAAAUUGGUUCAAAUGGGCUUGAUGAUUUCACAAGAAGACUCACUGAAGAUGAUGCUCGAGUUCUAGUGGAUCUACUGAAGCUGGCUGUUGCUGGUCGAGCUGGUCCACGAGCUGCUCCUGCUAUCACAAAAGUUUUGAUAGGUUUGGCACGGGAAAAUCAUAUUGUAGCUGGGAUGCUUACUGAGUUGUGCGUAACUGAAAUUGAAGAUGCAGCAUCAGACACAGAAGCAAUGCGAUCAGUUCCUCAGCCUGUUGUCCAAGAAAGCUCACAUCCAUAUACAGAUGAUGUAACCUUGACUGGAGCUGUUAAAAUUCUAGGUGCAGAGGCUCUGAGGGUUGAAUUUGAUCGACAGUGUUCAACAGAAAGAAAGCAUGAUCCCCUGACUAUCAUGGAUGGAGCAGGCAAGAUCAUUUGCACUCGAUCAGGAAGGGAAUGGUCUGACUGGUCAACUGAAGUUCGUAUUGCUGGUGAUGAAUUGAGAUGGAAGUUUACCAGUGAUGGAUCAGUAAAUGGUUGGGGGUGGCGCUUUACAGUUUUCCCUCUAAUGCCUUGUGCUACUCCACGGGAUCUACACAGUGACCGCCGACUUUUGUCUCGGCCCUUGGUGGACCUACCCAUGUGUCUUCUGGAUUCUCUUUUGCCAUUGUGUACCCAGACUGCUAUUCUGUCUCGUUUAGCUGCAUCCCUGGCUCUAUGUGCUCAGCUUUCAUCUUUAGCACCUAGUCAGCGCAUGUGGGGUCUCAAAACUCUUCGAAAGAUUGUUACCACAGAUUUGGGAUCUGGACUCAAUAUUAGAGCUCUUCUCUCAGCAUCAUAUUCCUCUAGUUCUACACCUGCUCCAUCUAGACCUAUUUCUCCAGUUCCUCAGUCCUCAUCAGUUCCAAGUGUGCCUACCUCAGCACCCCAGUCACUUGCUCCUCCUGCCCCACCUUCAUUACGAGGAAGCACAGAGAGCUUAGAAUCAUCCGGUAGUUUUGUGAAACCGCUGGUCGAAGUCAGAACUACUCCUGAAAUGCCUCUUGUCAGCCUGCUGAAAGGGUUGCCAGAAGCUCUUCUUCGCCAGGCUGAAUACGAAGAUCCUCUAGUUCGGGGAGGAAAGCAUCUGAUGCAUUCUCAAUUCUUUAAGGUAUUAGUUGGGCUAGCCUGUGACCUGGAGUUAGACAAUGGAGUUGGUUCUGGUGAAGCACACAAGUGGGCAUGGUUUAGACGCUACUGCGUCGCUUGCAGAGUCAUAAAAUCACUAAUUGAGCGAACUUCUCUGCCAUCUGGAUUCUGUAGUGAUGUACGAAAGAAGCUUUGUGAAAUGCUUGGUGAAGGAGAGGUACUGUCUCUUGAACAUGAAGACCAUAAUAUGUUUUUACAUCAACAUGAUGAACAAUUGUUGCUUUGGUUUAACAGACGUCCAGAAGACUGGACUUUAUCAUGGGGAGGAAGUGGGAGCAUCUAUGGAUGGGGACAUAACCACCGUGGCCAGUUGGGUGGUGUAGAAGGAGCCAAAGUUAAACUACCAACCCCAUGUGAUACUCUGACUGCACUCAGACCCAUACAGCUCAUUGGUGGAGAACAGACACUUUUUGCUGUUACUGCUGAUGGAAAGGUUUAUGCUACUGGAUAUGGAGCAGGUGGACGGCUUGGUAUUGGUGGGGUAGAAUCAGUCUCAACCCCAACCCUUCUAGAAUCAGUCCAGCACAUUGUUAUCCGUAAAGUUGCAGUCAACUCUGGCGGGAAGCACUGCCUUGCCCUUACUGCAGAUGGAGAUGUUUAUUCAUGGGGAGAAGGUGAUGAUGGAAAACUAGGCCAUGGUAACAAAAGUCCGUAUGAUCGUCCCCGACUAAUUGAGACACUACAAGGUAAAGGAGUUGUGGAAAUAGCAUGUGGUGGGGCCCAUUCUGCUGCCAUCACGUCAUCAGGGGAAUUGUAUACCUGGGGCAAAGGUCGUUAUGGCAGACUUGGUCAUGGGGAUUCUGAAGACCAGUUUCGACCAAAAUUAGUAGAGGCUCUGGGUGGCUACAGGGUAGUAGAUGUGGCCUGUGGAUCUGGAGAUGCCCAGACCUUGUGCAUAUCUGAUGACGAUAAUGUCUGGUCUUGGGGUGAUGGUGAUUAUGGCAAGCUGGGUCGUGGUGGCUCAGAUGGCUGCAAGGUUCCAAUGAGAAUUGAUGGGCUGGCAAAUCAGGGUAUCAUAAAAGUUGAAUGUGGAUCACAGUUUUCUGUGGCUUUGGCACGUUCUGGCACAGUCUACACAUGGGGAAAAGGGGACUACCAUCGCUUGGGUCAUGGCACUGAUGAUCACGUCAGACGACCACGCAAGGUUACGGCCUUGCAGGGCAAGAAGGUUAUCAGCAUUGCCACAGGUUCACUUCAUUGUGUAUGCUGUACUAGUGAGGGUGAAGUAUACACAUGGGGAGACAAUGAUGAAGGCCAGCUGGGUGACAGUACUACAAAUGCCAUCCAGAGACCACGACUUGUCAUGGCUUUACAGGGUAAAAAAAUCAACCGAGUGGCAUGUGGCUCAGCACACACCUUGGCUUGGAGUACUAGCCGAGCAGUGAGCACUGGACGCCUUCCCUCUCAGGUGCCCAUGGAAUAUGACUUGCUGAAAGAGAUUCCAUUACAUGCAUUGAGGAAUAGGCUGGUACUUCUGCAUCAUUUCUCUGACCUGGUUUGUCAAAGUAUCUCAAUGUUUGACCUUUGUGUAUCAUUGGAGGAAGAAGCAGAUGAACCAAUGGUAGCCAGAUUACGAGCAAUUGUUGUAUCCACAGCAAAGGAGACUGCUUUUAAAAAGGUUGUACAAGCUACAAUGGUGAGGGACCGCCAGCAUGGUCCUAUCGUGGAACUGAACCGCAUCAGUGUAAAGCGCUCUCGUUCCCGUGGUGGCUUAGCUGGUCCAGACGGGAUGAAAUCUGUGUUUGGUCAGAUGGUUGCUAAAAUGUCACUGUUAACACCUGAUGCUCUCUUCCUGCCUCACCGUGUGUGGAAAGUCAAGUUUGUUGGUGAAAGUGUUGAUGACUGUGGUGGUGGCUAUAGUGAGAGUGUAGCAGAGAUGUGUGAUGAACUCAUGAAUGGAUCACUACCACUGCUUAUUCCAACACCCAAUGGUAGAGAUGAAGCUGGAACCUCACGUGAUUGUUUCUUACUAAACCCACAAGUCAGUUCAUCUCAUCACAUGAAUAUGUUUACAUACCUGGGUGUGUUGAUGGGGAUAGCAAUAAGGACAGGUAGUCCAUUAAGUCUCAACUUAGCAGAACCAGUGUGGAAACAGCUUGCUGGGAUGUCUUUAACCCCAGCUGAUAUAACAGAGGUUGAUCGCCACUAUGUACCAGGACUCAUGUGUGUUCAGCAAAUGGAAGGUGAUGAGAAGACUUUUAGUAGCCUAGAUUUGCCCUUCACAACCACUUCAGCUGCUGGCCAUGAUGUCCAGCUCUCUACUCGACACCAGAGAAUUACAAUGGCUACUAGACAUGAAUAUGUCCGCUUGGCUCUCAAUUACAGAUUGCACGAGUUUGACAGACAAGUUGCAGCUGUGAGAGCAGGCAUGGCAAGAGUUGUCCCCGUGCCACUGCUUUCCUUAUUCACGCCAUAUGAACUAGAGACAAUGGUGUGUGGCUCUCCAGAUAUUCCUCUCAAUCUUCUAAAGAGUGUUGCAACAUACAAAGGUGUUGAAGCAACAGCUCCUUUAGUCCAAUGGUUUUGGGAAGUAAUGGAAGAAUUUAGCACAGCAGAACGAUCACUUUUCCUUCGCUUUGUUUGGGGUAGAACGCGCUUACCUCGCACUAUUGCUGAUUUCCGUGGCCGGGAUUUCGUAUUCCAAGUUCUGGAUAAGUACACUCCACCAGAUCACUUUCUGCCUGAGUCCUACACUUGCUUCUUCCUGCUGAAGAUGCCACGCUAUUCUUGCAAGGCUGUACUUCGAGAGAAAUUGAAAUACGCUAUUCAUUUCUGCAAGAGCAUAGACACUGAUGACUAUGCAAGAGUUGCCAUGACUGGUGCUGGAGUAGAAGACAAUGUAUCAUCAGAAUCUGACACUGAUGACUGGGACUCCAUUGGCAGUGACGAACCAAUGGCAGAUUGCGUUUCUCUUUACUCGACGUAAUUUCUACGAUCAGUGACAGCCAUAUUACGAUGUUAGUAGAUUUACACAUCUGUACUUAUUGUGAUAGCAAAUGUUUCAUACUGGUUAAUGGUGAUUAUGGAUUAUUUGUAUUCAAAUUAAGUGAAAUAGCAAACACCAUAGAUGAGUGCCACAUGCAUUUCUUUUUAUUUUCCUAUUUGUUAUUAGAACCAUUGCUAAACAAUAGUUAUUAAAAUUAGACAGUGCUGUUUCACUUUUCCUUGUAACUUAAUUAGCCUGUACAGGGUGGUAUACUUUUUUUAGUAUAGCUCUAAUAUUUUCAAUGAGAAAGAUUUAACUAGUCAGUAAAUAUCGAACCACUGUGUUUAUUUUAUGCUCAUUAAUUAAAUAGGCAAUGUGAAUUUGGAAGCCUGGUCAAGGACUGUGCUGUGGGGGCAUUGACCCCCGGAAUACCCUCCAGGUAGGUAGACCUUAAUAAACCAACUACAGUAACAGUUGUUCAUGCAUACAACCAGUAGCUAUUCUUUUUGUACAUUAUGUUGUAUAUGCUUUUUAAGUAAUGUCCUAUAAUAGUAAUUAGUGAACACUACAUGGAAAUUUAGCACUAGUCUUCAAUAAAUAUAUUCAGUAACUUUUCUGUUAAGCAGUCCAGUGCUUAGAUUAAUUAUUAUUACAUUGCAAAUUAUUUUCUUAUAUGUACAUUGCUGUAGUAGCAACAGUUUUAUAAUAAUACAGCAAACUACAUGUGCAAAAAGCAAAACCAGAUUUAGUAUAUUCUGUAAUUUCUUUAAGUACUUUGACAUAUACAUGUAUCAGUUUUUUUUUUUUUUUUUUUUUUUUAAGUUUUAAAUAAUCUAUUACUGUAUUCCAAAACUGAACAAAUUGAAUAACACUAAGGAGUUACAGAAUUUUUUACUUGAUUCUUUUUAAUUUAAUUGCCUUUACUUUUAAUGUGUCAUUGUAUAUCAAAAUCUUCAGCGCUAUCAUGAAAACACUAUUUACUAACUAUAAGAAGUUAUUUUUUUUAUAAACUAACGAAAUCAAUUGACAAGAAUCCAUUGCAAAAUUGAAGCGUUGUUUGAAAUCUAUAUUGAAAAUGUUUUGCCUUCUGCACUGGCAAAUCUUGACAAUUUAGAAAUUUGUUCAUGUCAAAAUUAUAGCUACUUUCAUACUUUUAUAUACCGUAUACAGAAAAGGCUAUUAUAUCAGUCUAUAGUAACAAACCACCCAGUAAAUGAAUUCACAUAUUUUUUGGCAAUAUUUUAAUUAUUUGAAGCUACUAACCUCUGUGAGGGUGGCUAACUAGAUUGGAUUUUGUUGGGUGUCAUUUAUGAUUCUGAUAGUUUUCUCAGUGUACGUAUUUCAGUAAAACUCUUGGUUAAAUAAUUAAUAUUUCUGUGAUAACUGAUAAAUUUUUUCAUAAAACUAUAUUUUUCAGUUUUUAAUGGGAUUCAGCUUUUGUACACACAAUUCUUAACUCAGAUGUGCUCUAUUUAGAUGCCAAGCAACGAUGGCCUUCAGUGUGGUCAGUGUUUCUUAUAAUUGCCUCCAACUAAUGUCAUUAUUAUAUUAAUAUUAAUAGUAUAUUGCUUUGACGUGAGCUUCAGGAUAGAGCAGGUGCGAGACACUAAGUAUCUAGCAGAAUAUGAGGAUAAUUAAAUCUAAGGCAUUAAGUGCAACAUUGUGAACAAGAAUUGUUAGAUUAUGUCCAGUAAUAUUUUGCUAAACCUUCGACUUCACAAACCAAAGAAGUUAAUGAUUACUAACCAAACAUUAAUGGAAAAAAAUUAUUUACUUUGUUUUGAUGGUUUUCAGCAGUGUUUCACAUCUGUAAUUUCAAUAAAUUUGUGCUGUGCAUCCGGUAAUGAUAUCAUCAAUGGAAUUUAAAAAAAAAUAUGUAGACCUAUGUGCCAUCUACAGCCUCUCCUCACUUUAUGAUAAGGUUAUGUUCUUAAGAGUAGGUCGGUAAGCAAAUUGGUCGUUAAGCAAAGAUCAUAUUGUAUUGGUAGUGCGUUUGUGUCAGCCAUCUUUAGAUAUUUUUUUAAUGUUGCCCUUACACCAUUUAUAACAUUUUUAGUAUAUUUUUAAAUUUUAUACAGUAGUGUACUAUAUACUGUAAUAAACAGAAUACAGGAAAUCAGCUCUAAUAUACAUUACAUUCUCCUGUAUAAAUUACUAAAUUUAAAAAGAGAAACUGUUGUUUUUCUUUUUGGGCCACCCUGCCUUGGUGGGAUACGGCUGGUUUGUUGAAAGAAGAAAGGUUUGCAUACUGGUUGGAGAGCUGGUCGUAAGUCCGAGCGGUCUGUAAACAAGUACACUAAGUGAGGAGAGGUUGUAUAUUCAUUUUUUUUUGUACUCAUCAUGUGUUGAUCUCACUUUGGCAGUGCAUUAUACUUUAAUACUUUGUCCCUCCCCUUCCCCCCCCCCUACAAAAUUCAAAGAAAACCUGCCAAAUUUCUCAAACCUGUCACUUCACAAUAAACACUGUCAUGGCACAUGUACUGGGUUUGCUUUUGUGCAGAGUCUAGGUCUCUUAUGACUAAGUCAUGUUUUAAGGGACUAACCUUUUAAGCAAUAUUUCAUGUACUGUAUAGCAUAAAAAUCUAUGGUGUAAAUAAGUCUUUGGUGGUGAUAAUCAUGGUAAUAGUAUUACCUGAGUCUCAGUCCCAGUAUAUUCAGAUGUAAGUUUUUACUGUUGUUAUAAAGAUCUUCCAUCGCUUCCUAUAAAAAAAAAUUGUAAAGCAAAUAAUUUGUGCAUUUUAAAAACAAAAUUCAUUUUUAUAACUAAUUUACAGAGUAAGAUUGUUGACUGCCCCUAUGCACAUGCCUUUUAUUAUUAUUUCUAUUUUUCAUCCAAAUACAAAAGCCAACUUACCUAUACUACAAAAGGAUAUGCUGUAAACUGAUUUCUUGUGAUGUAAUUUAAAGAAAAAUUGUGCCUUGAAGUUUUCAGUCUCUUCUAUACAUUGUGUAAAGAGUAACUUUUACGCGGCAAUAUAACACUUUUAUCAGAUUCGGUAAUAGAAUGGAAAUUUUCACAUAUAUUUAUCAGUAAUACUCUAACAUCAUGUUCAUUUGUAAUUCUUGUCAUAAGAAGUCAGUCUGGAUAGACCUUUCAAUCUGCUUAUCAUUCUCACUGCAUUGUCUUUGUUCUAAGAUUAUACAAAUAUUACCUAGAUAAACAUCAGUAUUGGAGGAAGGCCUCAUUCACAUGACCAAAACCUCCAUUUAAUGGGUCAUAUGACCAAGACCCAUGUUAGUAAACACCAGAAAUGUAUCCUUGUAUCCUGACGAAUAAAAUUCUACCACCUCUAGUCAGCACUGAAUAAUAUAUUGUAGAACCAAUUAAGUGGUGUAAAACACCACAUUUGAAAUUUGAAUACAUUUUAUUAGUUUAUGUUGGUUAGGCAAAUUCUACUUUAUUUAAAUAGCACAAAUCCAGUUGUUUUAUGGGAUAUAGUCAUCUUUGUUUUUUAUUAUUUUAAAUGAGGAACCUAUACUAAUCCACUAACUGCAAUAGGUCAUGGAGCAUACUAUAUACUGCAAAGAUUACUGAUCCAUUUUCUAAAGUAAUGCUGGGAUGUGAUGCAAUAACACUAUCUUUGGGCAUAUAAUUUGUUUAUAAUGGAAAAUGGUAAUUCUUAAUACUAUACAGUACUAAAGGCUAUGUUCAGUAUGUCAAGUACAGGGCAUUUAAAAAGGGACUCAGACAUUAGCUAUGAAUAGUAUCAGAAGGCAGUUGCAUUAGUCAUAGAAAUUUAGUGCUUUGAAUGCUUUUCUAUGUAGGAGAUAGUUACCAGUCUAGUGUAUCUGUUGAACAAGCUAUGUUUUGUUUCAUGAAUUUCAGAAAUUAAAAAGAUAUUAAUUUAAUGCCCAGUGAAACAAGACUCCAACAUGUAUUGUCUUGUAUAUAAUCAAUAAUACUCACUUGAAUUUUGUCAUUAGUUUAACAUACAAGUAUACAGUAUAUUAAGUCUGAAAUUCUAUAUUUCCUAUUAAAAUCAAGUUUUCCUGUUUUGUUGCUAUUGUAUUUAAGAAUAUAAUAAUAACAAACAUAUAGCAUUUCAUAUUCUGGAAUCUUUAAUAACAUUCUUCCAUUUUUGUCAUUUUAUAAAAUCCUUUCCCUUCAAUGGAGGUGUCUAUGCAGGGAAUAUAAGCUACCUUCUACUUCAUUACAUUAUACCUGGUUGCCUCCCAUUCCCCAGGUGCUGCAUGACUCAAUGGGUUUAGAACUGUCCCACACUUAUAUUAAUAUGAAAUAUGUUUAUUUUGUAAUGGUUAGUAAAUAAAAUUAUUUUGUGUGCUGUUGCAA